AGCGUGGGAUGACAAACAGUAAAGCUACAGGCAGCAGCGCAACCGGCAGACAGAAAUAAACCUACAAAGAAAAACCACUAAAAUAAAUUUAAAUCAGGAAUGAUUUAGGAGAGUGAGUAAAAGGUUUGGAGUUGGUGUAUUUGGUGCAUUUUGGACUACUUUUCAUUAGGUUUGGGGGAAAAAUAGAGAAAAAUGUCCUUGGAAGUGAAGGAGAAGACUCAGGUGCGUGUCGUCUUUCUGGGGGCGGCGGGGGUCGGCAAGACGGCUCUGAUACGGCGCUUUCUCCAGGAUACCUUCGAGCCAAAACACAGACGCACAGUGGAGGAGCUGCACAGCAAAGAGUACGACAUCGGUGGGGUCAAAGUCACUGUGGAGAUCCUGGACACCAGCGGCAGCUACUCCUUCCCUGCCAUGCGCAAACUGUCCAUCCAAAACAGCGACGCGUUCGCCCUGGUGUACGCAGUGGACGACCCCGAGUCGCUGGAGGCCGUCAAGAGCCUGAGAGAUGAGAUCCUGGAGAUCAAGGAGGACAAGUACACUCCGAUCGUGGUGGUUGGGAACAAGGUUGACCGGGAACAGGAGCGCCGAGUGUCGGCCGACGACGUGCUGGCGACCGUAGAGAUGGACUGGAACAACAGUUUUCUGGAGGCUUCUGCCAAAGAGAACGCCAACGUGGUGGAGGUGUUCAAGGAGCUCCUGCAGCAGGUGAACCUCCCCAGCCGCCUGAGCCCGGCGUUACGCAGACGCAGGGAGACCUUCCCAAAGGGACCCGACUUUCGGCCACCUAUGAACAAAACCAACAGCUGCAUUCUGUCGUAAUCCAAGGAAGAUGGAGAAAUGUGCGUCUCGGUUCUGCUGGACAGAGAAAACCAGGCGACGCUCAGACUCCUGCUGUAUAUAAACGUUUGACUGAUCAACAGACACUUGGUUCUGAGCGGAGAGAAAACGGACGAGAACAGCAUGAAGCAGAAUAACGCAUCUGCGUUUUUAGUGCUGCUCAUUCGGCGACGCGCUGCAGGUGUUUAGAUCAACUCACAGCUCUUAAAUCUGGAGGAUGUUUGAAGGUUUUCAGGCUAAAAAACGGUUUACUGGGUAUUUAAACGGUGUCGUGUCUUGUGCCAAACUCGUAUUUCUCACGUGAUCUCUUCUCUCUUUUUGUGAACUCAAAUGUAGCACACCACGUUUACAACUUCUGGAGUUAUUUUCUAUUAAGCUCACAUUUAAAACAGUGGUGAGAUGCUGUUAUUUAUUGUAAAUGCACUUUUGUUUGGGAACAAUGUGUUUUUUUAAGUCCUCUUACAAAUGUUUUUUUUAAUGUGGCCGUUGAAAGGUGUCCUGUACCUGAACUGUUGAUGUAAAUGUGGAAUAAAAGGCUUUAAGCACACGA